UAAAUUGAUACAGUAAUUAGGGGUCUCGGUGGAUCCCGAGUUCAUGGCUCGUUGCAGUUUUACCGAGUCCGACAUAGUCCUAGUAUUUGAACUGGUGCAAACUUCGCAUUGAAAGUGCAACGAAACCCUAAUUAAAUAUUGAGGAUUAUCACCAUCUGUAAUUCUUCUAUUUAGAUGAUGGAUACAACCUCAAAUUUACCUCUUCCUGAGGCAUUCAUAAAAUUUCUCGAAGAAAAUGGAUUAGACCCAUCAAUUUAUACCUCCACCGAUACUCUCCCUCGUUAUAUUAGGUUGAAGCCUGGAUGCGAGGCGGAAAUUGAUGAGAUUGAAGCAGAACUUCAGUGCAGUUUGAAUGAAGUGAGUUGGUUGCCAAAUUUUUAUUCAAUCCCACCUCAAAUUCAGAUUGCCAGCUCCAAAGCUUACCAACAUGGCAAGGUUUACGGAAUUGAUGCUGCGUCAGGUGCUGCUGUACAUGCUCUAAACGUUGUACCAGGAGACCAUGUGCUUGAUCUUUGUGCUGCCCCUGGUGCAAAGCUUUGUAUGAUGUUGGAUCUUCUUGGUGGUUCUGGUUCAGUUACUGGUGUUGAUGUGGCCAGACAUCGUCUAGCUGCUUGCAGAACAAUGGUGCAGAAAUAUGCAUUGGGUGAUCAUUGUCGACUCUUAGUUACUGAUGGAACAUCAUUCUCUUUGAAACCCACCAGAGUUUAUGCUGGAUCUGGAACAUGCAAGUUCAUUUCUAAUGAAUGUACUUUGGAAAAGAAAACUGAUGCAUUCAUGGAGUGGACUUCUAGACGACCUUGGAAGGAAAGAAAACGUGCAGCAAAAACGAGGGCAGCUACCCUAUUACAUAUCUCAGAACCAGAACUGAUAUUUUAUGGGAAGCAUUCAGGAGUCAUUGGCUGUACGAGAGAUGAAUUAUAUCACAUUGCUAGUGACGAGGAGUUAUCUACUUCUGGUUACGACAAGGUCCUUGUGGAUGCAGAAUGUACGCAUGAUGGGUCAAUUAGACAUGUUCAGAAAUUUGAAAACUGGGGAUGGCAGACACUUGAACGACGUGUGCUUGAUGCAGAGAGAACUGAUGACCUGACAAAUCUCCAAUUUCGACUUCUGAGUAAUGGUUUUCGAUUGCUCAAAGCUGGGGGCUCACUUGUCUACAGCACUUGCAGCUUGACUGUGGCCCAAAAUGAAAAUGUGGUGAAGAGGUUCCUUUCGGGGAAUUCAUCUGCCGAGCUGCAAGAAAUAGAGAGUUCCCACACAUGGCCGUGCAACAAAGGUGGGGUUCCAAGGACCUUGAGAUUUGACCCCGUAACAUCCCAAACUAGCGGGUUAUUCGUUGCCAAAUUCACAAAAUUGGCCAUUUAAUUAGAGGUUUAUCCUGAAGGGGAAAUUCAAGUACCAAAAGAGCUAUUAACUUGUCUGACAAACGAACACGGAACGUUUCAUGAGCAAUUGUGGAUAUAGUACCAUAUAUGCUACAAAAAGAUCUCGAAUUCUUCCACACAGCCGGAAUCAACCAUUUUUUCCAGAAUUGAUCAACCAGCAAAAUUCCUUGCCAAUUGAGAAUUUCUUUGUGGUUUGAGUCCUUGUACUCAGAAACUUUCUGGGUAGUGUUGGCACUUUUUGGAACUAUGAACUCAGAUUUGGCCUCAUCAGACUGUAAGAAAUAUGAAUGAACCCCUAUUGAGAUGAACUUGUCGGGUCAACGUGAGAGCACUGAAUAUAAGAGUCUCUUUUGUGAUGGAUGUGUCUUGCUACCUUGACAACUUAAAAGAGUACAUAUUGCUAGUGGGGUUUGAUUGAAAAUUUGAAACGAUGUCGGAGAUUCGAAAUGUGAUGAAACCAUGAGGCAGCACGCUCAACUCUGCUAUGCUCAAGGAGUCCUGGAUCAUACAGUUGGCUAGUCCUGUGAUAGUCUUUCAUUCAUUUUCCUUGGCGCGCUCUGACAUGCUUUGUAUAGGUUCUUGUAAGUUGCAAUACGAUAUAUAUGCUUCCUUUAUCAUGGAUGCUGGAAGACUCAUUUCUGUACUCGGAUUUGCUGAUAAAAUUUAUAGACAAAUACGUGAAGAGGAAAUCGUUGUAGCUGAUGUAAUUUGUUGAAACAAUCCUAGUUCUAUUAGGGUGUGUUAACUAUUAAUUAUUGAUCAAAACUCCUUGUUACUCCACUUUUUUGUUAAUGAUUAUCCAAUAAAAUGCGAUUUAAAGUGACACAAAAUUCAAUUUGACACAACUUAUAAUCUACUGUACAUGACUCAACCUAAAGUCGAUUUGAAAAUUAGUUUUGGCAAAACAAAUCCACUUGAAUGAUCGAUCCAGUCAACCUAACUUGAGAUCUAAGCCAAACAAAAACAAAUUGAUAAGGUUUACUCGAGACUCAAUGUAAUUCAAUGUUUGUAAGAUAUCCAGACUAGGUGUACACA